GCCCCCGGUCGCAGCGCCCGGGGCGGCUCCUCUGCGAGCCUGGGACGCCGCGCUCCCGCCGCCACCAACACCGCCACCAGCAGCACGGCCACCGCCACGCGCGCUGGCGUGACUCCCGGCCCGCGCCUUCCCACGCCUGCUGCCGGCUCGGCUUCCUGCCCGCCCAGACGCCGGUUCUCCCAGGGUCCGGGCCUCGGCUCCGCGGAGGGAGCGGAAAUGAGUGCGGCGUCGGCGUCGGCGCCCGAGCGGGGUUGGAAGAGCGAGAAAGUGGACGAGGCUCAGGCCCUGGCGCGGAGUUGCGCUGCUCGCAGACCCGACUUCCAGCCGUGCGACGGGCUUUCCAUCUGUGCCACGCACAGCCACGGCAAAUGCUUCAAGCUGCACUGGUGCUGUCACCUAGGAUGGUGUCACUGCAAAUACGUGUAUCAGCCCAUGACCCCCGUGGAGCAGCUUCCGAGCACUGAGAUUCCUGCGAAGCCUCGGGAACCCACAAACACCAUUCAGAUCUCAGUGUCACUCACUGAACACUUUUUGAAAUUUGCAUCUGUCUUCCAGCCGCCCCUCCCCCCUGAUUCACCAAGGUACUGUAUGAUCUCAGACCUCUUUAUCGACAAUUAUCAGGUUAAAUGCAUUAAUGGGAAGAUGUGUUAUGUGCAGAAGCAGCCAGCGCCGCAUUCCCACAAAAUGAGCCCCGAGGAGGUCUCUGCACAUGAUGCCUUAAUUUCAAGAGAGAGCAAUACACCAAAAAUAGAUCACUGCUCUUCUCCCUCAAGUUCUGAGGACUCCGGGAUCAAUGCAAUUGGGGCUCACUAUGUGGAAUCGUGUGAUGAGGACACGGAAGAAGGAGCAGAACUGAGUUCCGAGGAAGAUUACAGUCCUGAGAGCAGCUGGGAGCCGGAUGAGUGCACCCUUCUCUCCCCUUCACAGUCUGAUCUGGAAGUGAUUGAGACAAUAGAAACCACCGUGUGAGAGUCCAGGCAGGAAGCCACAGCCUCUGAUCCAUGCUGAGCCUUUGUACUUUUGUCUGAUGGAUCCUUUUUCCAAUGCAGUUGGUAUUUUCUACCCCUCUCUAACAACCAUAGCAGUUCAGUGGUCUGCUGAUUAGCAUCACUCUUAAAUUAGUCUUAUAACUAAGACAUUCUUUUUCUUAUAAAUGGUUUUCUUUUGUAUCUUGACUUAUUUUCUAUGUAGCAUCUGGUGUCAUGAAUUGUGACCCAGCCUUAAGUUCACUGGGAACUUUGAAAGCAAUGAAGUGAUGACUACAGAGUAUCGUGGAUCAGGUUGAGGAGCUACCCAGAGUGAAGGGGGCAGUGAAGGAGCUGGUUCUUCACACACACACACACACACACACGCACUCACACACGCACACACAUACACAUCCCUCUUGGCAUUCCUUCUGAUGUGCCGACAGGCACCCCUACUCUGCUAGCUCAAAUGGGAAUCAGCUCAUGAGGGGGGAACAGAGGGUGUACUGGUAGAUGCCAUUCUGUCCCUUUUCCCUUCUCCUCACCACCUGCUGGGCCUAGGCCAGUGUUGCCUUGGCUUACUUCUGGAGGUACCUGGAGACCCUUGCUCAACCCCUAGUUAUGGCCGGAGCUGAUACCUUCAGUUUCACGUUCAGUCGGGCUUUAGCUGAGUGCCUACGCUCUGCAGGGUGCAUCGGGGGGAUGCAGACUGAAGAAGACCUGACUACUGAUGGGAAGGGCCCCGCAGUCCAAUAGAGGACUGUGCCAAUGCAUGCAGAAUGUUCUGGGGACCCAGGGGAAGGAGAGAGCUUACAGCUGGGGAACAUGUUGCAGCAUUCAAGCUGGCCUCUUGGGUGGAUUCCUCAGUGUUUCCCUGUUUUUCUUAAUUGUUCUUCAAAUCCGGGGAAAACUUUUAGGAAGUUAUAUAGGUAUUAUAUUUAGGAGGCAGCCACAUCUGACGUCUUAAGAAAAAAAAACAGUAAUAGUUUUAGUUAGCAUGGAAAUGCUAAAGAGCAGUCCUUUAGGGAUUAGGAAUGAAUCUAAUAGGUUUGAUUAAUUCUGCUUCAUUUGGUUGUAUGAAGCAUUAGAAUGAUUUAGGUGAGAAAUGGAUUAGAAUUCAGUAUGAUGCAUGGAUUUUUUAUGCAAAUGCAAAAGCAGUUGAAAUAGUUUGCUGCUAAGUCAGGAGAAAAUAUUUUGUGUGAUAUUCAUUCACUUUACUAUGGUAAUAGUCAUAGUCUGUUGUACAUGUUCUCUUUUCUCACACACACAAAAUAGUGAAUAAUUCUUAUUUAGCUCUCUUCAGAAUUCUAAUUUCCAUUUAUACAAGGUGUUUUUGUGUGAGUUGCUUAUCUGCCAUUUCUCCAGAUCUGCUUUCUGUAAGGCAUAGUUAAGAAUCCAGGAAGUUUAAAAUAUGGCCCUAAUGAAACCAGAACUAUCAGAGGUGGAGAGAGAGAAAUAUGUCUCGUAUCCUAACCAUGAGUGUGCUCUUGUGGCAUUAUCUCGUGCUCCGUCCACAUUUUGGCACGUCUCUUCUAUGUCCCAUGAGUUUGUAUUUUAAGAAACAAGAAGAGGCCCGUUGUGUUCUUCCCUGAAGCAUCCAUUUGGCAUCCUUCACAAAUCCCUCGAGGCAGAGUCUGUUUUCUUAGUAGUAUGUAUAGUUCACGUGAUUGGCUAGAACAUUUCGUCAGGCUUAGGUGCCCAGAACAUCCCUAGGGAUUAGAAAGCUGAGUACGCAUAUUCCUUUGAAAACAGUGUUAGUUAAAACUUCCUAUGCUGGGUGAGAAUGCAGCAUACAGUUCGCACUUACUGAAAUGUAUAGACUCAACAAGUCACACCAGGCAGGGGGUGAGAGGAGCUGCAGGAACAGCAGGGUACAGGAAAGGACAGGUGGAGGGGUGGGGGGGCGCAGAGAGCGGCUUCCCGGCCCAGGUGGCUUAGGGACAGACCUCGGAUGAGCCUGCCCAUGGUUCUCAGUGCCUCCUGUGAUGGGGUCACCAGCUGGAGGAGGGCAUAAAGGCCCAGUCCUGGGACCCAAGUGGUGCAGCCAGCCACUGUGUGCACCUGCCCUUGGGUGAGCUCACUGAAGCCCCUGGGUGGGCACAUGGAGGGUCUUCUUUCUCUACACCCCUCCUAUCAGUUCUCAACUCUGGGCCCACAUUCCCAUUCAUUAAACUGAUUGGAGUCAACCACCAGGUCUCCAAAGCCAUGGAAAUACGUGGUCACAGGGCCACGUUUCUGAAGCUGGUUGUGUCAGGGUUGGGGCCUUUAUUGGUAGUAUCUACGACUUUUGCCUAGGUUCCUGUUUUUUAAACUCCUGAACUGCCAUUCAGAUUACCCAUGAUUUUAACGGAAUUUUUGGAUUUAAUAAUGGUUGAUAAUCACUUUAAAUAUUUGCACAAUCUCUUUAUAAUUAAAAACUCACUAAGCUUCACUUGCUACUGUUUUAUAGAAUUGGAGAUAUUCCAUUGGAUUCUAAAUAUCAGAUGCUCCUGGAUCUCAAAAUAGCCUUUUCUACACAAGCACAAGCAAGAAUUUCUUUGUCCUAGCACUGUUAAUAAUUCUCUGAAAUCAUAUAUAAUUGAACCAGAAUUGUUUCUUUAUGCUUGCAUUCCAAAAACAACUGAUAAGGAUAUAAAAAUGUGUAUUUACAACUUAAAUUCUAGGCCUACCUGUUAUAUAUUAUAUAAAAGAAUUUCUCUGUAAACCUGAUAUUAUAUUGCUCAUUUGUAUAAGUAUAUUUAUAGGCACUUUAGAAAAUGUUUAGACUGUAAUGUGUAUUAUAGACCUCAAACACAGUCAUGUUAAGUAGUCUUUUGGUUAAUACUUAUCCAUUGACAGGUAUGAAAACUUUAUAGCGUGAACCUGGUAGUUUGCUCACUUGGAGCAAAGGGUUGGGCUGUGUGGAUGGAGAAACUGCUUUUGGGGUCCUUGAUGGAAACCUGGCUCCAUUCCCACUUCUGGCAAGUUGGUGUAAAAGCUAGUAGGCGGACAAUGCCAACUCAGUGCUGUAUGGAAUGUAGCUUUCUUACCAAACCAGCAUUGAUUUUAGGAUUUUCAUGGUUUGAAUAUGUUCAUAACUUUUCUGAGAAAUGACAAGCCAAUUAAAAUGCUUUUGUGGUCAUAAUUCUUUGGCACAUUAACAAAUAAGGCUUUACUGUCAAAUCUAGGUAUUUUUUUUUUACCUUGUAAUUUUUAAGAUUUGAAGUAAGAAUUUGAGAAAACUCUGGAGAAAAACCAGUUGCUUUCCUGGAAAAGGAAAAUGUGUACUUCAAGGUAAUACAAUGUAAAACCAAACCAAAUGAAAGCACCCAAACCAAAACAAAGCUGCGAAGUGGUUGUCCUGAGGUACCAUUCGGAUUUGAUCCAGGAUUGGAUCCUGUUUUAGGACUGGUUGUUUUAUUUUUUAACCUUAACCUCCACUUCCUGGCCUCUUUGAAACCGUUCUUUUGGGACUAAUCAUAACAAACGCCUUUUAUACAAAUUUGUCUAUCUGGGCAACAGGACACCACCUAUUUUAGAAAGCUGUCAAAAUACCCAGACGUGUUCGGUGGUUUAAAUACUUUUGGGCAAGGGGAAACAAGCACAAGUUAAACUAAUAUUUAUACAUCAGCUCUUGAUUUUUCCAUCUUGUUUGCCAAGUUGUAUUGACAUGUUUUGGCUUUUCACGUGAGGGGAAACAUUUUACAGUUUUCUCUCCUACUCCCCUCCCCACGGGAGGUGGGAGCCAGAAUUGAGGAGGCCAGUUGCAUUCUAGGCUUUUCGGUGAACAGUGUGGGAUUGUGUCUCUUCCCGUUGAGGAGGAGAGGGGAAGGAAAUGGGAGUUGGACUAACCGUCUCAGUGCUGUGAAUUCUAGGGUUGUAUGUAUUUCUCACCUCCAAACAUAAGUAUAAGGGCACUUCUCAAAAUUAAUUUUGAAAUUCUUUACCUUUUAAAAAUGUUAUGUCUCUGCUCCCUUUCAUUAUUCUGGGGAAUGGAGAGUUGACUGUAUUGCGUGCGGAAGGGCCGUGUUUCUCUGAGUGCUUAGAGUUCUGUUGGGACUGAAGUGGUGCUCUUUUACUAGUGUGAACAAGUCUGAAAGCACAUGGUCACCAGGGGCUUGAAUAUUGAGCUUCUGCAUCAUUGUGUCCAUAUACACUUUCUAAGGCUGUUCAUACCUUGCAGUAGUCACUUACUGUGCUACUUUUUGCACCUGUUCUAUGUUAAAGUUUUAAGCACAAUGUUGACCCCUCUGUAAUUUCCUAAAAUUAUAUUGUUUUCCUACAGACAGCUCAACUUUCCUUUAUGUAUAAUACUUUAGGAAAAUACUUACUUGUAAAAUAAAUGUAAUUUUUUUCUUUUGUAACAGCUCAAAUCUGAUAUUUUGGAGUUUGGAAUAUUCUCUCCCCUCCCUUUCUUCUUUGGAGAGGUUCUGUCUGGUUUAAAUAACACAUCGUGAACAAAACAAAAACAGAAACCCGCAUUUGUGAAAUGUGUAACAUGUAUAUUGAGUGCUUACUUUGUGCCAGGAAAUAACGCAGUUCACAUCAUCAUCACACUUGACUGUACAAAAACUACGAAGCGCAGCGGAGCAUUACUACUCAAAAUGGUAAUAUACUCACAGUCAACUACUCACAACUCCCAGAACACUUUGCAACAAGGACUUUUUCGUUGGCUACAUCAGAUUUAUACUAAUAUACUUACCCCGCCCCCCAGUCUUUAUUUCACACCAAGCCACAGCUUUGUAUUUGGUUUACACAUGCCCUGUGAGACACUUCUAAGCAUAGGUCCCGGGGGUGCAGUCGCUUGUCACCAAGGCCCAGGGUCCAGACCUCGGUGUGGCAAACCCAGAGGCUCAAUUCGCUAAUUCACACCUAGAAAAGAGCAGCUUCUGGGGUCGGGUUUCAUCGAAUAACCUCACUAGGGACUGCUAAAUAAAUUUGCUGAUGAGUAACAAUGAUAAUGCCAUUGUUACGGUUAUUAGGAAUUGCAGCCCAGCCUUGCUGUUCAGGGCAGUCCUCUAAGGGAGAUUUCAGCGCUGCAUUUCACGGAUCCGGAAAAGUGCUCGAGGAGUAAAUACUUUUGCCCCAAGUGACACCACUUGUAGGUAGCCGGAGUCAGAGGGAACCCAGCUCCUUUGGCUCCCGAGCUCCCGUUCUCGGCCCUUUGCCUGAGUUGCUCCCUCUGGUGGCUCCUCUUCCCAAGCUCAGGGUAGUUGGAGGCUGAGCCCGGACGCUGCUGGGGAGCCUGGGAGCAGGGCGGAGGGGGUGACGUUCCAUCUCUAACCCAGCGCACCCCUGCCCACAGGCUGGUGCACCCCGCCUCACCCGGUGGGGCUGCUCUGCAGGCGGUGUCCCAGCAACACCAACAGACUCCCUUCCUCCCCGCCUUCUGUGCUCCACACAGACCACCCCCAGCACACACACACCAUCUUGCAGACAUUUCAGUGCUUUGAUGAGGCUGUGGCUUCUUCCAUGUUUAAUCACAUCUUGACUAGCAUUCUAGGCUAGCCGUUUCUGCCUUCACAAAAGACGACUUGUCUUAAAAGGACUUUUGCCGACAGCUAAUCUCAUCUACUGCAUGUGCAUUUUACUCACUUAACUCUACAUAAUUGUACUGCCAAGUUCUAGAAGGCAUCUCAUUGUAGCCUCCUACAAAUGCUGACUACAUACACUUGUAUUCUGCAAUAAACUUUAA